CGGAAGCAUAAUAAAAUAAUCAGUUUAGGGUGGACACGUGCUGCGGGGCAGCGGUCCAAACAAAGGCCAAACAUACGGAAUGGGCGGGAUUGGUUAAGCCACGCCCCCUGAGAGCUACUCCACGAUCCGCACGUUCCACAUUACCAGGUGGGUGUGUGUGUGAGAAAGAUACUAAAGUUCAGUGAGGAAGCUGAAGCCCGUCUCAGUCCUGUUGCUGAACUGAAUGGCCGAAACUCUCGCAGACUGAAACAGGAGGCUUCAGCAGCAGACUCAAGCUCUGAGCACAAUGCCGUUUCUGCAGCAUCUAAUGGACUCGCAUUUGGAGCAGCUGGCUCUGGAGCGCGUCGUCCCGGCUCUGCUGGAGCGCGGCUACUUCUACCUCGACCAUUUCCUCGGUGAAGCAAUUGGUCGUUUGGUCUUGGGCCAAGUGAAGCAAAUUCAUGGUUCUGGCGUCUUGAGUGACGGACAGCUCGCUGGUCGAGGCUCAGGAGUUUGUAGAAGUCAUAUAAGGGGAGAUAAAAUAGCGUGGCGUAGCGGCAGUGAGAGAGGAUCCGAAGCCAUAGGCUUCUUACUGAAACAGACUGACAAACUCAUAUCUCUGUGCGCUGGGAGACUGGGCAAAAACACGGUCCGGGAGCGCUCCAAGGCAAUGGUAGCAUGCUACCCAGGCAAUGGGGCAGGUUAUGUGAAACAUGUGGAUAACCCUAACGCAGAUGGCCGCUGUGUCACCUGCAUCUAUUACCUGAACAAAAACUGGAAUGCCAAGGAGCAUGGAGGAGUUCUGCGCAUUUUCCCUGAAGGAAAAUCAUAUGUCGCUGACAUUGAACCUCUGUUUGAUCGACUCCUGCUUUUCUGGUCAGAUCGUAGGAACCCUCAUGAAGUACAGCCAUCAUUUGCUACCAGGUAUGCAAUCACUGUGUGGUACUUUGAUUCAGAGGAAAGAGCUGAAGCAAAAAAAAGAUUCAGGGACUCAACAGCUUCUUCAGAAAGCAGCACCACAUCUUAGCAGAAGAGCUUGAGACAAAACAUUCUCUGCUGAGAAGAUUUGUGUGUGUAUGUGUGUGUGUGUGUGUGUGUGUGUGUGUAUAUAUGUGUGUGUGUGUGUGUGUGUGUGUGUGUGUGUGUGUGUGUUGUUUUAGCCCUUUUGCACUUAAGGUACCAGCACUUCUUCCUCAACCAUGCCUUUUGCAUUAAGGUUUCUUGGAAUCUCAGACUCCAUGUAACUCUUUCCUGCAACAUGACGCUUCUAUUAAAAAAAACAAACAAAAAAAAACAAACAACCAACUUAACCAGCAGUAAAUCUGUUAUAUUAUGUUUAUGUAACAAAAAUGACAAUUAUUGAAUAGUUUCCAGUAAGUAUGGGUGAUGGAUGAAGUGAAAGAUAUUUUCUUUUUUUUUUAAUAAAUGUUUGUCUGUUUUUGAAAUAUUUCCAGUUUCUAGUGCUUCUCUGUUUUUGCUAUAUGAGAAGAGCUGUUUUGAUAUUUUUGCCCUUUAAAUUUGUGACUUUAACCAUAAAGCAAAUGGUUUAAACCAUAUUGCAACAGUCAUCAGAUGAUUUGCAUGGCCUGUGUGGCCCUAACCACUUAGAGUUGAAAUUAUUUUUCACAGAAAAUACUAAUAGUUUUCCAGUCAAAUAUUUCUAAUAUUAUAUCAUUCUGAUAUGCUUAGCUUUAACAAGUGACGUGUGUGUGUGUGUGUGUGUGUGUGUGUGUGUGUGUGCUUUCUCCUUAUCAGAAUGUAAGUGUUAUAUUGGUUUGCUGCAUUACAGUAUAACAUGACAGUUCAGACUAUGUAGGUAAAAGAAUGGUAUUUCUUUCCUGUUGUUUAAAUGUAAUAAACUGCCUGAAUAUUCAGAAGGUAAACACUUCAGAGGCUCCCAUAAUCUUUUAAAUUAAUUACACUUCAACAGCAUGAAACAAUAUUAAUUGUAAUGACAAAGCUCAUUUUACAAAACAAAAGUAAGUGGUGUCCCUGUUACUAGCAAAUCACAUUGGUAUAUAGGAUAGCACUAGUAGUCAUUAACUGGAAAUUUUCACAAGUCUGUCAUUGUUUGUAAGCAGCUGUGCUGUCUUGAACUAAACAGGCAACUGAAUAUGUCUUGAACAAAUGUGUAAUAAUGUAAAAUGGAUUGAAAAUGAUAUUUGACUUUCACUUUGCUAAGACUGGCUACAUGUAGAUUUUCUUUCUCUGUGGUCUCUGUAAAUAAAAAGAAAAAGUGAAUGAA